AUAGUAUAUCGUCUGCUAGUCAAUAACACGUUUUAUAUGUAAUCGUAAAAAAAACAUCUGUAUUUAACAAUGCUUAAAAUUCUUUGCUCAAGAAUCAGUUGUCGUAAUCAUUUGGCAUUAAAUUGCUUGAAUACAAGAACUUAUGCCCAACAAGAAACGAUUAUGAACGUCUUUGAUAGACAAACUAAAAGAACACAGCGAAACAGGACUGCUCAUAUAAAAGAUUAUCAAGUAUACGAUUAUAUUAAAGAAGAGAUUGGCUACAGAGUUGCCGAUAGAAUUUGCGAUAUUAAAAGGAAAUUUAAUGUAGCAGUCGAUUUAGGCUGCGGCAGAGGUCAUGUUAGUAAGCACAUAUUGGGAGAUACAGUUGGAACAUUAUUGCAAACUGAUUUAGCCGAAGAUAUCCUAAGACAAGCCGAAAUAUCACCAGAAGUUCCAACUUAUAAAAUUCACAUGGAUGAGGAGUUUUUACCCUUUCCAUCACAAAGUUUAGACUUAGUUGUAUCAAGCUUAAGUCUACAUUGGGUCAAUGAUCUUCCUGGGACCUUUAAACAGAUAUAUUCAUCCUUAAAAAAUGAUGGUUGCCUACUGGGUGCUCUAUUUGGCGGUGAUACACUCUUUGAAUUAAGGGUAGCACUACAAUUAGCAGAAACUGAGAGAUUAGGUGGUUUUGCUCCCCACGUUUCCCCUUUUACCGAUGUAAGAGAUAUGGGUAAUCUAUUAUCUAGGGGUGGAUUUGUAAUGUUAACAAUAGAUAUUGAUGAAAUAGUUAUAAACUAUCCAUCUAUGUUUGAAUUAAUUGAAGAUUUAAGAGGAAUGGGAGAAACUAAUUGUGCCUGGUCAAGGAAACCAAAGCUAUUUAGAUCAACUUUGGAAGCUGCUUCAGCCAUUUAUAAAGAUAUGUAUGGCAACGAAGAUGGAAGUAUACCUGCAACGUUUCAAAUUUUAAAUUUUAUUGGAUGGAAACCUGAUAAAUCGCAAGCUAAACCCGCUAAAAGGGGUUCCGGGCAGGUUUCUCUUAAAGACAUUGACAAAUUAGACUCGAUAAAGUCUCAAAUUGAUAAUAUAAAAAAUAUUACUGGUUCGGACGAUAAAUCAGCUUUACACCUUGAAGAACAACUGACAAAAUUACGUCAAGCUACUAUCGAAGAUGGACAUGGAAAUAAAAAAAAUUAA